UGACGUGUCCACACAGUGUCAAACAGAAGGAUGUGAAAAUGAUCGAAAACUCUCCAGAUAUACGAACUAACCCUUUCCUCUGUAGCCUGCAGCGGCACUUCGGAUAAUUUAACCACCGGAUACAGUCGUAGCUAAAGCUUUUAGAGACUAACCGUUCCUCUUUAGUUGAGCUAGGGAAAAUAGGUUUAACUCACUUUAGAAGCCGCGACAUUGACCGUCGAGCUAACUUAGUUAGCGACAGUUGAGCUAGCCGGAUCGGUAAAGUAGCUAAACUAAACUAGCAUAUUAACCGGUUUAGUUAACAUUAACAUGUGACUGAUGUAGAGCUGGCAGUGUAAACGUUAGAUAGCCUCUCAGGUUAGUUAGUCUCAUUCUGUAAGCGUUCACCGCGGUCCCAGCAGCCGGGCAGCUGGCAGGCAGCGGGGCUGAUCCCUGAGCAGCAGAGAUGUCUCGGAGGCGGCUGGACAGUCGCAGCGGGCCGGCGGCGGGGCUGCUCUGCGAGUGUCAGACCCCCAUCAGCACGGAGCCCAUGGAGAGUGUGUAUGAAUUCACCGGAGAGCUCGGAAGGGGAAAGUUUGCGGUGGUGAAGCGAUGUGUGGAGAAGGCCACGGGGAAAGUGUUUGCUGCCAAGUUCCUCCGGAAGAGGAGGCGAGGUCGUGACUGCCGGGCCGAGGUCAUCCACGAGAUGGCGGUUCUGGAGACGGCCCGCAACAACGCCCGCGUGGUCAACCUGCACGCUGCGUACGAGACGGACCACGACAUCGUCCUCAUGCUGGAAUAUGCGGCCGGUGGAGAGAUAUUUGACCACUGUAUGUCUGAGGAGCUGCUGCCAGAGGCCCAGAUCACCAGACUCAUCAGACAGACUCUGGAGGGGGUCCAUCACCUGCACCAGAGCAGCCUGGUGCACCUGGACCUGAAGCCGCAGAACAUCCUGCUGACCUGCCUCUCUCCUCCGGGCGACAUAAAGAUCGUAGACUUCGGCCUGGCCCGCAGGCUGGGAGCGGUCGGAGAGCUCCGAGAGAUCCUGGGAACGCCGGAGUAUGUGGCUCCAGAGAUCCUGAACUAUGAGCCCAUCACAACAGCCACCGACCUGUGGAGUGUGGGGGUGAUCACCUACAUGCUGGUGACGGGCGAGUCUCCGUUUGUCGGUGACGACAAGCAGGAGACGUACCUGAACGUGUCACAGGUGAACGUGGACUACAGCAUGGAGGCCUUCUCCAGAGUGUCCGAGCUCGCUGUGGACUUCAUCCGCAAGCUGCUGGUCAAAACGCCCGAGGACAGGCCCACCGCUGCAGAGUGUAUGAGCCACCCCUGGCUGUGGCAGCUGUGUCUGAGCCCCGAGCCCGCAUCCACCCGCUCUGUUCGGGAGAGAAGCUGCGGCACCAAGUGGGGGGCCCCAGCCGAGGACCCCGAGGACAAGGAGAACUUCCUGGAGUCGCCCCACUCGCACGCUAAAAAGUUUCGCUUCGACGAGGAAAGGCCCGCCGCUGGAGACGGUGACUUUUGAAAAGUCAAAGGUGGAAACAGGAGGAAUGCAGGCGGAGGCCUCUUCCUGUGAGCUUAUAAAUCAUUUUAAACCUCCAGAAAACCAGCUGUCUGUCACCAUUCUAAGUACUUCCAUUGUGUUUAUAUUUCACUAAUAGCUCAAUUCCAUGAUGGACCUUUCAGACCAAAGAUAACCAGCUAAAUCUUGAGAUCCAUCACUGAUCCAUCACUGAUAAAAAGUGUGACAAUUGUACAGAAGCUUUCAAUGAAUGCUGUGUGUUUAACCUUAAGUAUUUCAAACCUUUCCUAAUAAUCAUGUAGCUGUUGUCAGCCCACUCUGUGUCAGUGUUUGGCUGCUCCUGUGCUGAUGGGGGCUAGUGUGGACUGUUUCCAGGGAUCUCUAUGCAACUCUUAUGUCGUGCAUUUUCAAAUCUAUUUUCUCCAGAAAGCAGUUAAUAGCGCUCUGCCUUAAAGUGGGAAGUGAAAAGUGUUCUUAGUCACUGCAGCUUCAGCACAAAGGUGAUAUUCAGAUAAGCACCAGUGUAAAGGGGAAGGCUGACCUUAUCUUUAUGUACCGCUGCAUUAUAGGAAGCCCUUUGACUUUGGUUACAUGUGAUUCAAGUCCGUAAAAUACGCUGCUGUCGAUAACUACACACUGUUUUGAAGCUGCUUGGACUUUAAAAAGAACCAGCAGAGGGGCUGGAUAACACACAUGCAUUACAUUCCAUAUGUUUGGGUUGAAAUGAAGCUCAGGUUUGUAGAUAAAACUCAUUAAGUCCAACAAUAGCAUAGCUCCCUCCCAAAGAGCUGAACAGCUUCCACUUGAAAUACACUUUGUUACUGCUUCAAAGAAGGGCUGAACAUGAGCAAUAAUGACACAGCAUUCCUGUUUAUCCUGACAUAGAAAGUUCAAACUAGUGGCUGAGAGAACAGUGAGUCAUGCAGCCGUUCACACACCACGCCCGCACGUGUACUCACAUCACUUCCUCAGCUGCCAAGUUCCUCUCUGUUAGCCGGAGACACACGACUUUAGCACUUACCUCAUCAGCACACAUUAAAGUGAUGAGCCCAAAGGCCAGCCAUUACUGAAGCUGUGUUCUUCAGCCCCUCCAAGCCAUUCACUUUCCUUCAUGAAGCCAGCGCUCAAUGUAUUCCUGUUCACUCAUCUCAGGGCAUGCUGCUCUCUCUCUGCUCACUUUGUAUUCUUAAUGUUAUUCUUAUAGGCCUAUUAUUAUUAUUAUUAUUAUUAUUUAUGUGCUGGACUCAUAUUUGUAUGUAAAUAAUGUGCUCACGUGUCUUAUUAGGAAGUGUGAGAGGAUGAUGAAGGUGUUAUUUAAAACAAGCUGUUUCCAGUGUGAUGAAAGAAUACAGUUUUGACUGCAGUGAGUUGGGAAGAUGGAAGUGAAGGACAGAUUGUUCAGGUGGUAACCAGGAAGUAAAGAGAGAGGAGGUCAGGAGGAAGAGAAAGACUGGAAAUAUGUGUUUGAUGGUAUAGUUUUGGGGUAUUCCUAAUGAAGUUGUGAUAAGUGUAAAGAUGUAUGUAGGGAUGAGAAAGUGGGAAUGAUUUGGGUUUUAGAAAGAGAUGUGAGAUCUGAGGUGCAGCUGCUCCUCCACUCAAACAUUCCUCCUCUGUUCCGAGGUGCCAAAGCCAAUGAGAGCUCAUUGUGUUGUUUGUUGUCGUCACCAGCUGGUACCAUGGCCUGUGUGUGUGGGGGGGGGAGGGUGUCUCCAGCCACAGCCAUGCUGUCAUCUGUAUGCUGUCAUUCUUCAAAAACUGGAACACACCACACUGUUAAAGAUGUUCCUCUGGACGGGUAUUUGAUCCUCACAGAGGUGGAAGAUUCCAUUAGGCUGCUUGGAAGGGUUUCCUCCAGACAGCUGUUUAUAUAAGAGCCAGAGCUCUUCUGAUACUGUAACAGGAAACAAGCUUGAAUCUUAAUUCAUCUGAAAUAUAAACUUUUCUAAUACCUCAAGUUGGAAAAAAGUGAUUUUGUGUGUGUGUGUGUGUGUGUGUGGACACUGGGUUACACUCAAAACCAGCCACAAAGACAUGUUCCAGAUGUUUGUUUAAUUUGCAUUUUAUAUUUGUUCUUUUAUGUAUGAGCAUUCUGAAUGCAUCUGAAUUGACAAAAAAGACAUAAUCCGUAUUGUUUUCUAUUCUGAUCAACUGCAGGCUAACAUGUAGGCAUCACAAAGCAAACUGGAUCGCUCAUUAAAGGUUGUAGAACAUA